GUGGUGGCGGCCUCGGGCGGCGCGCGCAGGAGCGACGUCUACGCAGCCAGCUAGGCUCCCCGGCGGACUCGUCUCCCGCGGCCCGGCCGGGCCAGAGUCCUCUCAGGGACCCCGGGUAGGGCGGGUCUCCGAGGCCGCCAUGGACAACUCCGGGAAGGAAGCGGAGGCGAUGGCGCUGCUCGCCGAGGCGGAGCGCAAAGUGAAGAACUCGCAGUCCUUCUUCUCCGGCCUCUUUGGCGGUUCAUCUAAAAUAGAGGAGGCCUGUGAGAUCUACGCCCGCGCAGCCAACAUGUUCAAAAUGGCCAAGAACUGGAGCGCCGCCGGGAGCGCCUUCUGCCAGGCUGCCCAGCUGCACCUGCAGCUCCAGAGCAAACAUGACGCAGCCACCUGCUUUGUGGACGCUGGCAACGCCUUCAAAAAAGCCGACCCCCAAGAGGCCAUUAACUGCCUGAUGAGAGCCAUUGAGAUCUACACAGACAUGGGCCGGUUCACGAUCGCAGCCAAGCACCACAUCUCCAUUGCUGAGAUCUACGAGACCGAGCUGGUGGACAUUGAGAAGGCCAUCGCCCACUAUGAGCAGUCUGCAGACUACUACAAGGGCGAGGAGUCCAACAGCUCUGCCAACAAGUGUCUGCUGAAGGUGGCUGGCUACGCAGCGCAGCUGGAGCAGUAUCAGAAAGCCAUCGACAUCUAUGAGCAGGUGGGGACCAGUGCCAUGGACAGCCCCCUCUUGAAGUACAGCGCCAAGGACUACUUCUUCAAGGCAGCUGUGUGCCACUUCUGCAUCGACAUGCUCAACGCCAAGCUGGCUGUCCAGAAGUACGAGGAGCUGUUCCCAGCUUUCUCAGAUUCCCGGGAGUGCAAGUUGAUAAAGAAGUUGUUGGACGCCCACGAGGAGCAGAACGUGGACAGCUACACGGAGGCAGUGAAGGAGUAUGACAGUAUCUCGCGGCUGGACCAGUGGCUGACCACCAUGCUGCUCCGCGUCAAGAAAACCAUCCAGGGUGACGAGGAGGACCUCCGCUAAGCUUCCUGGCCUCCCCAGGACUGCCCCACCCCGCCCCAGGGGCACGGGCCAGACGGGACAGUCACCCUCUGUUCUCGCUGCACCCCUCGCCCUCCGCCCUGUAUUUAAGCCCCCAGAGGCGCCAGCUGUGCAAAACCUUGGGUUCAGACCUCUGCUCUGGGCGCUGCUUUGGGCUGGGGUGGGCAUCCGUGCCCUGAGCAGCCGGGUCCCCGGGCUGGGUUCUGUGUCUGCCGGGCUGCUGGCAGAGCUCUGAGCACACGUGGCCUGAGCCUGCCCUCCUCAUAGGGUAGGUUCCUCCCCACCCCUACCCCUGCUUCCUGCAGCCCCAACCUCUCAGGUUUGACCCCAGGCCCUGGAGCUCCCGGGGUUACCCCAGCCCCUGCUCCUACCCUAACGCUUUGAGGUUUUGUUAGCCAGAAGCGACAACUGGCCCAGGAAAGAAAAUAAAAAACACAACUUUCGCAUGA